AGGGGGGGCGCUACAGGAGGAGAGAGGCGCGUUCACGAGGAGUUGCAGGCUCGCGCAGUAUCAAACAGCUUGAGGAGAGAGAGAGAGGGAGAGAGAGAGGGAGGUGGGGGGAGAUCCGAACCUGGUUUACAUUGGGUCACAACGAGCAGUCUAAUGAUUCGCGUCAGGUACUCCUUCCUCUCCGCCUCCUCGCGCGUUUGCCUCGCGGACCUUUUGUAUUUUUGCACGCGGGGAAACGGACACCGCACAAACUCAUCUGUAUGAUCGGGCAGCAGGAGCGCACAGUAUGGUCCGGGAAACCAGACAUUUAUGGGUGGGAAAUUUGCCCGAAAGUGUGCGAGAGGAGAAGAUUAUCGAGCACUUCAAGCGAUAUGGACGAGUGGAGAGCGUCAAGGUCCUGCCCAAGCGAGGCUCAGAAGGAGGAGUUGCAGCCUUUGUGGAUUUUGUGGACAUUAAAAGUGCUCAAAAGGCUCAUAAUGCUAUCAACAAGAUGGGGGACAGAGACCUGCGCACUGAUUACAAUGAACCAGGAACAAUUCCUAGUGCAGCCAGGGGUCUGGACGAUAGUCUGUCCUUAGGCUCUCGAGGCCGGGAUGUAUCAGGGUUCACAAGGGCGACUGGGGGCGCUGUGUAUGGGGCCCCCACGUCGCUUCACAGCAGAGAUGGACGCUAUGAACGCAGGCUAGACGGGACUGCUGAAGGUCGGGAUCGGGCAUAUGAUCACAGUGCCUACGGACAUCACGAGCGUCCUGGUAGCAGUUUCGACCGCCAGCGGCACUAUGAAACGGAAUAUUAUCGGGAUGCAAGAGAGAGGACUCUCAGCAGUGCUGGAAGUGGCUCUGGUACCACCAGUGGAAGUGGUGCAACUGUACCUUCAGGAGUCAGCGGAACUAUCGUUAGCGCUGUUGCUGGAAGCGCCGGAACGGGUGGAUCCGCAGGGGGAUCGACGGGAGGAAGUGGAGGAUCUACGUCCAGUGGGGCUGGAUUCUACCACUCCCACAGUAGGAGCCCCUGUCGCUUCGAGACACCAGAGCCUCGCUACGAGUCUCGCACCAGAGAACCGUUUACGUUGGCCAGUGUGGUUCACAGGGACCUGUACAGGGAGGAUCGGGGACGACGCGGGGACAGACAGUACCGCCACAGUCGUAGCCGGUCUCCACACUCGACACAUUCACGAAAUCCUUCUCCUCAGAAACUGGUGAGCCAGGCUACCCGCCCCCCACGUUCCCACAGUGGGUCAGGAUCCCGGAGCCGCUCUUCCAGUUCAGACUCAGUCAGCAGCACCAGCAGCAGUACAAGUGGCAGUGACUCGAGCAGUAGCUCAAGCGAUGACUCUCCGGCCCGUUCAGUGCAGUCUGCUGCUGUCCCUGCACCCUCAGCGCUUUCUUUAUCCUCUUUUGACAAGGAUGAACCACGUAAAAGUUUUGGCAUUAAAGUCCAAAAUCUUCCUGUGCGCUCUACAGAUACAAGCCUAAAGGAUGGUUUGUUUCAUGAGUUUAAGAAACAUGGAAAAGUUACAUCAGUACAAAUUCAUGGAGCUUCAGAAGACCGCUAUGGGCUUGUCUUUUUCCGCCAACAAGAAGACCAAGAGAAGGCACUUGGAGCAUCAAAGGGAAAGCUUUUUUUUGGAAUGCAAAUCGAUGUCACGGCCUGGAACGGUCCUGAGACGGAAAGUGAAAAUGAGUUUCGACCCUUGGAUGAGAGGAUUGACGAGUUUCAUCCAAAAGCUACUCGAACGUUAUUCAUCGGAAACCUGGAAAACACUACUACUUACCAUGACCUGCUUAACAUCUUUCAACGCUUUGGGGAAAUUGUGGAUAUUGACAUUAAGAAGGUAAAUGGAGCCCCACAGUAUGCUUUUCUGCAAUACUGUGACAUUUCCAGUGUCUGCAAGGCUAUAAAGAAGAUGGAUGGCGAGUAUCUUGGUAACAACAGACUAAAGCUGGGUUUUGGAAAAAGUAUGCCUACAACAUGUGUUUGGUUGGAUGGAUUAGUGUCGAACACAACUGAGCAGUUUCUUACUCGUCAUUUUUGUCGCUAUGGACAUGUUGUCAAGGUUGUAUUUGACCGGAUGAAAGGAACUGCUCUUAUUCUUUAUAACAAUGUUGAAUAUGCACAAGCUGCAGUAAAAGAUACAAAAGGAUGGAAGAUUGGGGGCAAUAAAAUUAAGGUGGACUUUGCAAAUCAGGAAAGUCAGAUGGCCUUUUAUCGCUCUAUGCAGGCAUCAGGGCAAGAUAUACGAGACUUUUAUGACUUUAUUUCUGAAAGAAGGGAUGAUCGCCGAAACCAGUAUGAGUUUCAAACAGAAAGACAAUAUUAUGAGAAUGUGCGAACAUCUGGAACAUAUAGUGAAGAUCCAAGACGCAAAUACCCUGCAAGAAAUCGAGAGUUUUACAAUGACUGGGACCCAUAUCAGGGAGAUUACUACGAUUCACAAUACUUUGAUGAACCUCGAGAAUAUCGGGAAUACAGAGCUGAUCCUUAUGAGCAGGACAUUCGCAAAUACAGCUAUUUGCAACGAGAACGGGAACGAGAAAGGGAGCGUUUUGAAACAGAUCGUGGACGUGAUCAUGGAAGAAGGACAUUUGAGCGUAGCCAGAGUCCUUCCCAUGUUUCCACUCGUCGUCUUGUCAGCCCCACAGCAUCACCCUCACUUUCUGAGAGAAUACCAAGUGAUUCAGAUCGUCGCAUUUGUUGUCGGUCUUCUGAAAGAAGUGGGAGCUGCAGUUCAAUCUCUCCGCCCAGAUUUGAAAAAUUGGAAAAGGCCCGGUCUGAAAGAUACAGUAAAACUGAAAAACUUGAGAAAGAUCGAGGUUUUGAAAUUGAAAGAGAGAAUGUUGUGGAUAAGGAUAAGCGAACUGGGCGAAAAGAUCGAGGGGACAAAGACAAAAGUGAGAAACAAAGGCUUAAAAAGCUUAAAGUCACCUCACCUACAAUCCAGACAUGUGAAACAGAGCCUGAACUUGAAAGAGAUCUCAGCCCAGAGCCUAUCCAUCAAAGCGAGAGCAGUAAAAUCCCAAAAGAAAGCUCUAGCAAAGGAAGGCUGGACCUUUUGCCUUGUGUGGUGCAGUUAACACGAGUUAAAGAAAAAGAAGGCAAAUUGGUUGGUCAUGCUGUUCAAGAAAAGCAAGUACAGAGAGCAGGGAGUAACAGUCCUAGAUUGGCAUCACCUACAGCUGACCAAAGAAGUCCUCCAUUCCGCUCAGAAUCAUCAAAAGCUGACAAGCAUGGGAAGGCUCCCAAAGACAAAACUAUGCACAGCCUAAUAGAAAUUACUGAAAAAGAUGGAAAAAUCAAAUCCAAAAAGCAUGUGAAAUCUGAAAUUGAAUUUGACAAUGCUGCUUCCAUGAAUGUUGACCGUUUAGCUGCAAGAAAACGACGUUUUGAAGAUUCUGGGAGAACAGAUCGGCAAAAGAGAGAUAAUGAAGUGGACUCUGGUAGAUCUGGACUUUAUAUGCUGUGGAACAAUGCAAAGGAGACAGAUUCGGAAAAGAACCUUUUGAUACGAGGUCUACAAAAAAGACACCACAAAGAUAAAUGUGUACGCACAAUUUUUGUUAGUAGUCCCAAAGAUGGUCGGUACUCUGAAAACAAUUCUGUAGGCCUUCUUCUAGAGGAGCAAUCUCACCUGAGGGAACUGCAUGAAGAUUCUACAACACAGAUGGAAACUUCCUUUCUUAAAAUUGAGUUGGAAGGCUCAAAAAGUGCAAACAGCUUUACUCACACAAAGAUUUCAGAUAACAGCGGUCUUGAUACGGAUGAAUUGAAAGAGCAAAAACAUGUUUUGUCUGAAAAUGAACAUGGGAGAGCAAAGUGCAGAGACCCUGAUGGAGAUGAACAUUUUGUGAGAACCGACAAGACUAACAUCUGUACAAAACAAAUUGAACAGAAUCGAUGGCUCCGGUCCAAGCUUUCUGAUCCUGAUAAAUCAGUCAAAUCAACAAGCAAUGAUGCUACUGAGUUUGAAAAAGAAUAUAUCUUGCAUGAUGUUGGAAAAUCAAUUCAAGAUGUGGUCAGUGAUGACUUCUCUUCUAGUAAACGUAAAAAAUUGGACAGUUUUGACUUUGACAUACUCAAAAUAAAACGAGACAGUGACUUCUCAAGUUCACAAAAGUUGAAUGAAGAUGUCUACAAUUUGCCAUCUACCAUAGGAGCUAAUCAGUUUUCUGAGAAUGAGGAUGAUGAAACUGUUCAGGUUUCUUCAUCGGUCAUUAAAAAAGAAAGAAAAUUCUCUCCAGCAAUGGAGGAAAAGUUUACACCCCCAGAAUCAUUAAAAAAUAGUUUGAGCAUUACAGCCAAACAUUUUCAGUCUUCUAACAAUGAACUCCCAAAGCUUAAAGCAUCCAUGCUUAGAUUUAAUGAUGAGUUGAUGCAACAUUGGGAAAGACAGGUAAAGCCUAGUUCUCCUAGAAUGGAAAUUAAUUUUUCUAGUGAUAUUUCAAGACGUGAACGUAUCCGUAAACGCCUUAGCCAGGAUUUGGAACCUGGAGAGGUGCAGUCUGAUUCAGAUGAUGAUGGAGAAAACAAACACAGCUCUCCCAAGUCAAGUAGUUCCAUGUCUUUUAUCCUCAGGGAUCGGGAGGAGAGGAUAGCGGACUUCAAGCUUUCAAGCUCUUUGGAAAAAAAUAAGUUUUACUCAUUUGCUUUAGACAAAACAAUAACUCCUGAUACAAAAGCACUUCUUGAAAGAGCCAAGACUUUGUAUUCCUCAAGGGAAGACAAUUGGUCCUUUCUUCCAUCACGUUUUCCUGUCUCCCACAGUUGUUCAGGCAAGGACAAGGCAGAACUAGCACCCCGGCCUAUACCUUCUUGGUAUUUGAAAAAGAAAAAGAUCCGUACUGACUCGGUUGAAAAGUUGCACGAUAAAAAGGAGGAACUCAAGUCACAGGAGCAAGAACGUCAGGAAUUGUUUGCCUCUCGUUUCCUGCACAGCUCAAUCUUUGAACAGGAUUCAAGGCGAUUGCAACGACUUGAGCAGAAAGACCAAGAUGUAGAAACUGGAAGUAGCAGGACUUUUACAAAAUCCAGUGCUACUGAUACACAUUCUGAACCUGGACGAACUGACAUUCCACAAGAACCUAUAGUGCUUUUUCAUAGUCGGUUUUUGGAGUUUCAGCAGCAAAAGGACAAGGACCAUCCCCCAUCUGAGUCUGAGAAUGAUUCAGUAGUGAUGGAAAUGAAAAAAGAUGAAAUUACAAACUGUGACAAUGCUAUGUCUGAUAAGGAAUCAGAGCCAGCAUCAAAGGCUAAUGAUAAAUCCGCCAGCCCUCCAUUACCAGUUUCAGCAUUUAUUCCUUCCCCCAAAGAAACGUCCCUACCAGAAAAGAAGGAAGUUUUAACCCCGUCUUCAGGUCAGUCAGUGUCAUGUAGUAAAGAUGAAAAAGUGGAGUUGGUUCCUGAAAUUUCUCCAUCCCAUUCUCUUCCUAUGGAAGACUUCAAAUCAGCCACCACUAAUGUAAUUAUAACUCCUACACCUACAGUUUCAGAAGCAGAAAUGGAAAGUGAAAUCAAAGCAGAAGUAAUUGAACCCCAAACCGAAUAUGUCGAUAGUUUAACAGCAGAAGAACAUAUCCCUGUUGUGGAAGAUCAGCCUUCCUCUCCUUGUGGUUCCCUAAGUGCCUUUAAAAAAGAGACAGUAGAAUUAGCUGACUCUGAUUGCUCAAAAGUUGAGGAAAAAUCUGAAGUGGCUGAAGUGAUAAAGACAGAGCCUAUAGUUGAAAAUCAGGAGACAGAACUUUCUAAAGAACCACAGAAAACAGAAACAGAUAGUGAACCAUGUAUGCCAGAACUAGAGGCUGAAAUAAAACCAUUGCCUACCCGCAGAAAGCCUAAGGGAAAAAGAGGAAAACCCCUGUCUGUGUUGGGUACUACACAACCAACUCAAAUUAUCAGCCCUAAAAAACCAGCAACACGAAAGAGCGAACGAAUUGACAAGGAAAAACUUAAGAAGACAUCAUCUCCUCGGGGAGAGGCACCUAAACUAAUGCUUGAGUACAAAACCACAUCUAAGUCCCCAAUACAUGCAUCAGAUUCAGAACAAAACCUCGAGUCAAGCUUAAUUCAUGGGAGAACACGUAGAAGAAAUGUAAGGUCAGUCUACGCCACGUUACACGAAGAUGAACAAGCUGGAAAAGAAGCAGCAGAGUCAUCACGCUGCAUGCGUAAACGUGGUGCUGAUAAAGACCAAAUACACCCAGAAGUUCAAAUUUCUACUAAUACUAGGCGAGGGCGCCCCCCUAAAAGAGGUGUUAAGCGAGUUGACAAUGUGUCACCUUUAAAAGUAGAUCAAAAAAAAGUAGCCGAAAUGGAUACAGAGGUUAGAGAAGAAUCAAGUAUUGUUGAAGUUGCAAAAGUCUCUGAGGGAUGGCGUUCACCCCGUACACAAAAACUCCAACAAACACCUUUAACUUCUGCUCCAGUUAACAAAAAAGGAAGUAGAAUUAAUAAAUUAUCUGGAAGCAAAUUUUUAGCCAAUAAGCCUGAUUUAACAAGUAAUGAUGAGGCAGACCUUAAGCCUAAAGCUGACUCUGAAGCACUUGGCAAGUCAUUAGAUAAAGCAGAAAAUGCAAGCUCAGUAGUUCUCAGAAAGGAAAAAGAUUUAAAAGAUUCAGAUGAAAACAUAUCUGCGGAUGCUAAUAUUGAAAAGAAAAAUGCCAUCUCCUCUGAGAAGAAACAGCAGACCGGAAAAAGUAUUAAAAUUAAAUCACCAAGGUUGAAACGGAAUACCAAGCAGGUCCUAGAAGAAAAAUCCCAUAGUUUAAAAAAUCUAGAAAUCCGAGUUAGCGUUGAUGAUGUAAAAGGUUUACUUUGUUCUGAAGAUGUUGAGUCUGAGAGUUUUGAAGUUAAUACCCUCUCAAAAACCAAGGCAGCAGUGCAAGUGAAUGAGGAAACACAGAUGGCAGAAUUUCCAAAAGAUAAAGAGCUUAUUUCAAAGGAAAAUGAAGACACCUUGUCAGAACCUGAACUUCCUGUUCAUCCAGCAGCUGUUCUUUUAGCACGACAGAUGGAACUAGAGCAGGCAGUUGAAAAUAUUGCCAAACUUACAGCUGACCAACCUCCACGACCCUACAAAGAACCACCUUCUGGUCAACCUACUGUAUUGCCCCCUAUCAUUGUAGAACCAGAAGGUGAAGUUGAGGAGGAAAAGCGAGCUAAUCCUGCAAGUGAAACUGAACUUGCAGCUGCUAUUGAUUCUAUCACAGCUGACGACAUCUGUGGGGACGCAGAUGGAUUCACAGCUCCUCCUACUUACACUGCCCUUGUCCCUACCCCUGAAUCUGUCAUUUCUUCCUCCUCCUCUUCAAAUGACAUUAUGGAACCUGAAACCCAUAUGGUCAUCAAUAAUAUCAUUGCAGGAAAUCUAGACGAUGACUCUCAAACAAGCCCAAAGGGAUCAAUGACAGAAUCUAAAGUAGCUGAUGAUCCCAUUCCACUCGAUGUGCCUAAGAAAAUCAUAAAAGUUACUGCCAAAACCCCGAAGAAGUCAAGAAAUCGUAAAGGUGCCACCAACAAAAAAGGCGAUACUGAUGAGGAGGCAUCUCAGUCUGAACCCUCCCCUGUAAAGUUUCCUGAGUCAAUCCCAGACGAUCCAGAAACCACAGAUUCAAAAGCAGCUACUGUUACAGCUGGAGUGAGUGCAGUAGCUUCUGUUGUUACUGCUGUUGCAACUUGUAGACGUGCUGUUACAAGUGCUAUAACCGUAGACAACCCCAAAGAGGCAGAACAGCCUGAGGUUGAACAGCCUGUACCCAAAGAAUCUGCUUUCCAUUCUAGUACAAACAACAACUCUGUGUCUAAAAAGCAUCCCCAAGCAGCAGAGUCAAGAACUCCCACCUUCAUACCUGCUCACCCACCACCGGUUUCCCAAUUCAGCGUACCCCUGCUUCGACCUGCUAAAAUGCCACUACCACCUGACUGGCCACAAAGAUCUGAAGAAAGCAGAAUCUAUGUCAAUCCUUCGUGUCACAUCACAGUGGUAAACCCCACUCUAACUCCAUCUACUGCUCUCGGAACCACUUCAGCAAAUCCCCCAAUGCCUCCUGACACCAAGGCUUCUGAUAUUGACCCUAGUUCCAGUACCUUAAGAAAAAUCCUAAUGGAACCCAAAUAUGUGUCUGCAUCAAACAGCAAUUCUAUACCAAGCACUGUAGUCACAUCUGCCCUAUCAGAUCUGUCACGAACAUCAGAAAAUGAUAAUCCUGCUGAUGCUAGUGGUUCAAGACGGGUACAUUCUGAACAGCGCCCACCAUUGACACACCAACCCAUGCACCAUAAACCAUCCCCACUAACAGAGUCCCAACAGAACUGUGGAGAUAAAAUACAGCAUACUGUCAUUUCUCCUGCUACCUCAGUAAUAAGUAGAAUCCCAAUGCCUUAUGAUACAGAAGAAACUCCAAGAAUUUCCCUUAGCAACCGGAGCAGUGGUCUGCCUCUUCCAAAGCAAAAGUUUAGAUCCAACUCCAAUGAGAACAACCGCUGCCAUGGUGUGGAUCCAGUAGAAGAGGUUACCAGAGGGCGCUCAGUUCUUGAACCCACUCCUUAUCAUACAGGUACUAGUCCUGGCCUAAGGGUUAAUACAUCUGAAGGUGUUGUUGUUCUGAGUUAUUCUGGUCAGAAAAUUGAAGGACCACACCGGAUGAGAGCCAAAAUUAGUCAGAUUCCUCCGGCUAGUGCUGGUGAUAUAGAGUUUCAGCAAUCAGUAUCUAAAUCUCAGAUCAAGCAAGAACCACUCUUUUCAUCAUCCCAGUCUCUUACACCAAAAGUUGCUCCAACUCCUGCCAGUUAUGGACACACAGGUGUCCUUUUGACCAGUCAGUCCUAUAAUUCUCAACCAGUAAUUUCAAGUAUUACACAAGAAGGUCUUGGAUGUGACAAAUCCGAAGCUCCCUAUCAUACAUCUUCUCAGAGUGUGGUAAAGAUGUUCCAACCACCAGUUAGUUCCCCUCAAGUUUUGAUGUACAACCAGGCUGUGAUUCAACAACGCAGCAAGAGAGGACUAGUGACAGACCCAUUGCCAAAAAAGACGGACAUCAGCAAAGCUGUUCAGCAGUCUAACUUAAGUCCAGUUAUGAGUCCACACCACCCAUCAAUAACAGGAACACGCAUGAGUCCUAGUCCUGGCAUCACAAAUGAUCGAUCAGCUCUACACCUCAAGCAGGAACCGCAGUCUCCACGAAUAGCUGGUCAUUCAUCUUCACCUUUUGUCAAAGCCUGUCCGCCAAGCAGCUCUCCCAUUGGAACUUCUGUUCUUAGUCAUGGCAUUCCCUCAAUGUCUUCAUACCAUUCUAGUGUGCAUCACCCACACCCAGAACAGUCCUCUGUCAUAAUUCAGCCUCACAGUGUCACUCAGUCAAAAACUCAUGAAACCAGAAUGAAUAACUCACCUAUAACUGGAAUAAAUUAUGGAAGGCGAGGAGACUCCUUGUCUUCACAACAUCCAGGGUCAGCAAAGUGCUCAAACCCACCACAGCCCAAUGUCAUUCGAGAUAUUGUAUUGCAGUCUCAUUCAAGUCCUAAAGCAUCAAUAUCAGGUAGUGGUGGCAGCAGUGCAAGUGAAGAAGAACCCAAACACUUUAAUCACACACUUGGUAGACCUUCGCUUACCCAUCUUCAGUCGGAUGUAAUGAUGGUUCACGGUGAUCCCAGAGGGCUUCAUCCAAGCAUACGUAUGGAUCAGUACAGAGACAUGCACCAGCGCAUGCUCAUGCACCAGAAACUAGGAGAGCAGGCCUCUUUGGAAGCAAGACAGCUGCGCACAUCAGAGACUCAAGCAACAUCUUCAAGCAACAUUUCUGGACCUGCAAAAAGUCCUUUACUAGGAAAAAGUAUUGACCUUUCAGCAAAUGAGCCUCUCAAACCACUUGAAGGAAAGGUCAUGCAUCCAACCUCCAGUGAAAAUCGAAUCAGAGGAGUCCCUACAUCAAGUCCCAUCAUGAUGUCUUCUCACCCUCAUGGGAUUCAGCUGAUGCAUCCAGGAGGAGCAGGCUCCUUCCCGGUGUAUCGAGACAUGAGAGGUUUCCCAUCCCAGUUUCCAGGACACAACUUGCCUAACCCAGGCAUUACAUCUUUACAGGCCCAAUCAGAGCAGGAACUGGGUAACAGAGGUAAAAUAUCUCAGUCACUUGGUGCAGGAAGUGACUCCACACCAGAGACCUCUCAUCUUCGUCAUGCUACCUCUUCAGAGCCCUCCCACAUCUCCCGAAUAUCAGGAGAAACGAUCUCGCCUUCGUACCAGUCUCCCUUGAUGUCCCCUAUGGGUCUCACUCACAAGUCAGAUCUGUCUCUACAGAAAGGCCCCCCAGCUUUCCACCUUACUCCUCCACCAAAAGCUUCCCAAUCAAGUUCUCAACAAUCGCGGCAUGAUGCCAAACUGGACCAUUCAGGACAUCGGUCUAUUGACAUGGUGCAACUAAUGACGAAAUAUCCUAUAGUGUGGCAAGGCCUCCUGGCACUGAAAAAUGACCAGGCUGCUGUCCAGUUGCACUUUGUGUCUGGCAACACCGUGCUCGCUCAACGCUCCUUGCCGCCCCCAGAGGGAGGUUCUCUUCUUCGUAUUGUCCAGAGGAUGAGGCUUGAGGCUUCCCAGUUGGACAGUGUAGCACGCAGAAUGACUAUGGAAAAUGACUACUGCUUGCUACUGGCUCUACCCUGUGGUCGAGACCAAGAAGAUGUCCUUGGUCAAACCCAAGCCUUGAAAAGUGGCUUCAUCACCUACCUGCAAGCCAAACAGGCAGCUGGCAUCAUCAACGUGCCCAACCCUGGCUCGAACCAGCCAGCUUACGUGGUGCAAAUAUUCCCACCGUGUGAAUUCUCGGAGAGCCAUCUUUCUCGCCUAGCCCCGGACCUUCUAAACAGCAUCUCCAGCAUUUCCCCUCACCUCAUGAUUGUUAUUGCCUCUGUUUGAUUACCUCUAUUUUUGUUGUAAACAAAAGCCAACACCAGCCCUUUUUGAAAUCUAUACCAGUUUCCAAACUGGAAUUGCCUCAUUUUUAUGAGUUUGACUUUAUAAAACAAAAACCUCUCAUUCAUGUUGGAUUCACCUUUUUUUCUCUUUUUCACUUCACCGAGUCCUUAAAUCACCCAGUGAUGAUGAAUUCCAAAAACUACCUUUUUAAACAAGAUGUGAAGGCUUCAAUGGGGGGUUUUUUGAUGAUCAUUGCAGAUUGCGGUUUUUAUUUUUUGUUUUUGCCAUUUUUGAAGGUGUUCAUAGCUUUUUAUAAAUCAUAACCUUCAUGAAGCUGCGGAUGGGGACCUUCUUAAUAGGACAUUUUUUACCUUCAUAAAAGUGAUUGUGAUUCUCUUUUUUUUUGAGACGAUGUGAAAAGUCAUUGCACUAUGUUUAAAAGAAAUUGUGAACUCUGUACAGAUUUUGAGUAUAAACUGAAACAUGUCAUGGAUUUAUCCUGGUGAUCAGUCAUGCUCGUGCUAAAGAAAAUUAUUGCCUAUAAAAGGAUCAAGAAUCAUUUCAUCUUGAGCAAUCAAAUGCUUUUCUUGCUUCACCAUCUGCAAGUUUCUACGUCAUCUGCGGACUCCAUUGCAAACUGUUCCCUGCCCCAGGAACUCGAGUUGUACAUUUUACACUCAAUGCCUCAAUAGGGGACAGUUUAAAAAAAAGGACUAUUUAAUUUCUUUAUUUUUGUUUGCAUCUUUAAACCUAAAGGUAUUGUGGACAUUGUGAAAUUGUAAAUAUUAUAAAUAUUUAAAAAAAAAGACCGAAGCAAA